AUGGAAGGAAGGUCUGGGAGCAGGAAGACAGCCAAGCACAUGGAUAAAUCCAGCAAUGUUCUCUCGAAGGAAGAUCCUGAUGGUAAUUUACCCAGUAUUCUGGUGAACCACUACCAGUUUUGUGGCUAUGACUUGGAGAUCACUCGGUACUUGAAUGAAAGAAUGGGUGUCUCAGCUUUCGUCUGGAACAGUGGCCUCACUCUCUGCCAGUUCUUCCAGCAGGAGAGGAUCAAUUUCUCUGGGAUGAAGGUGCUUGAGUUAGGAUCUGGCACUGGGAUCGUGGGAAUUCUGGCAGCUUUGCUGGGUGGGGAGGUAACCUUGACGGAUCAGAUCCAAGCUUUAAAGCAAAUUGAGUACAACGUUUCAGUCAAUGUCCCCGAUUCCUGCAGACACCUUCCAAAAAUCAGAGCUCUUUCCUGGGGCUUUGACCAAAUGCACUUUCCCAGUGAAUAUGACAUAAUCCUGGGUUCAGACAUUGUGUAUUAUCCAUCAGAUUUCCCCCUGCUGCUGCAGACAUUGCAACACCUUAGCAACCAGCGAACAACCAUCUACAUUGCUACAGAGUUAAGGGGCUGUUGUGAAACUCACAAAUUCCAUGAGGAGAUUAUCCCGCAAUAUUUCAACUCCCGCAUUAUUUACAGAAACCAGAGUGCGGACAUCAAUCUGUACAAAUUAACACUGAAGGUCCCCAAAACAGGAGAGGAGCUGUCAAUGGAGAAAGAGAGAAGGAAAAAAUUACUGUCCAAUUAA